UUGAAGAUAAUAGACACGAAGAAGAUAAAAGACGAGUACGUGAGAAACAACUUGCACAGGGAAGCGAGGAUCAUGUCCACACUGAAGCACCCCUACAUCGUCAGACUCUAUGAAACCCUCAAAGCGUCCACAUUGUACUGCCUGGUGACCGAGUAUGCCACUGGAGGAGACAUGUUGGACUUUGUCAAAUCGCAGGAGAAUCGUCGCCUCAAUGAAACAACAGCCCGAUUCUUCACCAGACAGCUGCUGUCCGCCGUAGCAUACCUCCACGAGAAAUCAGUCAUUCACAGAGACUUAAAGAUGGAGAACAUAUUGUUAGAUGAGCCCAAACACAACAUAAAGCUCAUAGAUUUUGGUUUAAGCAACAUCUACCGCAAACACGACCCCCUCAAGACCCACUGUGGCUCUCCCGAAUAUGCAGCACCCGAACUUUUUGUCCCUGGAAAAACUUACGGGCCUGAAAUUGAUGUUUGGAGUCUGGGUGUGAUAAUGUAUGCCAUGAUGUUGGGCAGGCUGCCCUUCUGCUUCUCAAGCAGCGAGGAGUACCACCGACACAAUAUGAUGCAGAUGAUUCAAAAGGGGCUCACCUCCGUCCACGAAAAAGAAAUGCAAGCACUGACGCCAAGUUAG